AUGAGCAUGUCGGGUGACAUUACUAAAGAGAAGGCUGUCUCUCUGCGCUCUGAGAGUGUUGAAAGCUCAGAUGUUUUAGACCAGGAGAAGACCUCUGGUGAGAAUGCAGUCAAAAGUAAGCGAUCUAAGACAUUCACUGGCUGUUUUACCUGUCGCUCUCGAAAAAUUAGAUGUGAUUUGAAGAAGCCGUAUUGCAAGAACUGCCGCAAAGCAGGUUUGAUGUGUGCUGGAUACGAUAUUAAGCUUAGAUGGUCACAGCCUUUACAAUUCGAUUCAGUAACAGGGAAGAUAUCUUAUCAAGUUAAAUUCAAGCAGGGAAAUACCUCGAUAGCACAUACAUCAGAAGAUGACAUUAAGGUGAAUUCUGAAUUUUUUCAAAGGAGGCAUGUGGGUUUUGUGAAGUGGGAUUCUGGACUGAAAUUCGGUCCUUAUGAGACAUAUGAAGAUAUUGAUAGAGAUUUAGGCGUCCUUAAUAAUCCUCAGGAUAAGGAAAUAGAGCAGGAAACUAAAGUUCUUGGGCCAUUCGGAGUUUUUAAGAGGACAAUCAAAAGAAAACGUGAAAUCGGUGAUGAAGGUGGACCGAAUAAGAUAAGUAAACAUAAUGGUUCGAAACGAAUUUCGAAGGAGAAUGCUUAUAUUUCUGAGCCAAUGGAAAUUGAUGAAGCCAUGUCUCAUGAUCAACUUUGGCUUUCCAACGAAUUAAGAGAUGAUGCCUUACUUACGGCUGCCGCAUUAAAUGGUGAUACUCAAUUUUUGGACUUUAUGUCUAACUUAUCUUCUGGUUCAGUCUUGGAGCAAAAUGAUGCUGGAAAAAACACUCUUUCACUAGGAUCCUUAAAUGUCACUGCAAAUCAAAAUGAUUUUCUUAAUCUAGUUUUUCAUGGAAACUCGUCUCAAGCACAUAAUUUUGGAAAUUUAACAAAUGGUAAUUCGGUUAGCCUAGGAUCAUCCCUGCUGAAUGCAACUGGAAUUCCUAUGUCCACCAUUCUCAACUCAAAUGAGCCUUCAACUUUAUUAGUAGACACUUCAAGGUCACGCAUCUAUGAUCAUGGUUAUCAUGAUCUUCAUAAUCAGCAUUACGAAUCAAACGAAGAUCUUGAAAUCAAUUUACAUGCUUCAAAGAAAAGUGAUAGACCCAUGCAGGUAUUGGAAGAAGAUCAAAAUGGGCAGGUUAGAAUGCCACCUUCCAUUAUGUGCAUCGUGCAAAGCACAUUACUGACGGAACCUCAUAUUGAUUUAGCAAUUCCCAAUAAAUCUAAAUCUGCGAAUUCGCCAAGUUCACUUAAGGGGCUACCGAGUACUGCAUUGCAAGUACAACCCCUCACAAGAUAUUUACUUAAUUACUAUGUGACCCAAGUGGCAGACUUGAUGACAGUGAUACCAUUGACUGAGAACCCAUGGAAAACAAUCUAUUUUCCUAGAGCUCUCAUGGCAAUUGGAGAAUUACUGGCACUCGGAAAGACUUCAAAUGCCAAAAAUGCAUUACUCAAUGCUCUUCUCGCAGUCUCGGCUUUCAAUUUGCAGUCUAAAUUUCCAAAGAAUUCUGGAUCUAUGAAGUACUACUUAAACCUAGGAAUCGGAUUAAGGAAUCAGGCUAGUUUAUUUAUUAAGAGGUUAUUGGGUUCUAAGACCGAUACACAGUCAGGAAUAGAGCAUUGUAUUGCAAAUGAAAAAUAUAAAGAUGUGCUUUGUGCAGUUAUGUCUAUGAUCAGUGUGGAUUUAGUGUGGGGUACAAUGCAAGACACAAACUUUUAUAUAAAGUGGUGUGAAAGAGUAAUUGCAACUAAAAUGAAGAAGAAGAAAAAGCUCUCGUCCAAGGCGAGAAUAUUACAUCGAAUAUUUCUGUCUUUGAAAUUAAUACAGGACUCAACGUGUUUAGACCUCGAUAACAUUAGAGACGACUUUUAUUUGACAUCAGGUUAUGGCUACGAUGUCAAUGGUGACAAAUAUAAGCUGAAGGAUGAAGCUGGAAUAGAUGGACGCGGAAGAAUUGAUUAUAUUGUUCAUAAUAUUACGGCCAAGGAAAAUAGAGGGGGUAAAGAUGCUUCGCCUUUAUUCGUAGACAAGAAAUUAAUCAAUACUAAGAAAAACGAUGAAAAUUUCGCUACUGAUGCCUUAUAUGGACUUCCUAACUCAUUGAUUAUCUUAUUCAGUGAGACAGUCAAGUUAUUGAGAACAAAGAGAUAUUACGAAGGUAUUCAAAAGACUAUUCCACGUAACUUUGAGCAGAAAGUUAAAGCUCUAGACUCUGAUCUACUGAAAUGGAAGUUAGAUUGGAAACUCUACAAUAAUUCAGUCAAGAAGAGUAUUAAGAAAGAUAAUGAUUGCGAACUAGAUUUUCUUUCACCGAUGCAUGAAGCGACUUAUCAUCACAUCCUUUCAUUUUAUCAUGCGCUUUCCAUAUAUCAUAAAAGAUUUCUAAAAGGUGAAUCACCCAUAGAGGUUCAAGAUAAAGUGGAAUUAACGUUGCAUCACUUAAAUUCCAUUCAGGCUCUUAUAGCUCGGGAUGAAGCUGCGAUUAUACCUCUUUUUUGGCAGGGCUUUAUUGCAGGUUGUGAAGCCGUCUCUUCAGAUUUGCAGCUAGGUUUUAAGAAGUGGGGUGCUGAUAUUGCUCAAUACUUGGGAAGCUACUGGGGUGCAAGGCAGAUCAUGCUAGAAGUUUGGCGUAGGAAAAGAUUAAAUGAGCCACGAGACAACUGGAUAUAUGUUAUUCAAGAUUGGGAAAUGAAUCUUAUGUUGGAUUGA